AUGAGUAUUGCUGCAGGGAGUCUGGCGCCCUUCCUGGCCGGCAUAUUAUCGCACACCGCCUACUUUGUUCAUGGCGAACACCACCUAUACGCAGUGCGCUAUCUCUCCGUCUUCAUCCUGGUCUUUUCGGCACUCACUCUGUGGAUAUACAGUCAUGGGCAAAGCCUCAAGCUCUCCCUGAACCAAGCGACUGGAAUAGGACUUGAAUACUUUCUCGGACUCUAUUCGAGCUUAGUUCUGUAUAGGAUAUUCUUCCAUCGAUUGAACAGAUUCCCCGGGCCAUUUGCAGCUAGAAUAUCCGGUCUCUGGCUAUCGUGGAGGUUCCGCCGUCGUGACGGAUGCUUCCAACUGCAAAAGCUGCAUGACCGUUAUGGCCCAAUCGUACGGAUCGGUCCAGCUCACCUGUCCAUUUCGCACCCCAGUGCGGUGGAGAUUGUCCAUGGCCACGCUUCUCCAUGCAGUAAAGGUCCCUUUUACGAUUCAACCAAACCAAUGGAAUCCUUACAGGCGUAUCGUGAUAAAUCCCUCCAUAGCGAAAGACGUCGCGUUUGGAGCGCUGCGUUUAGCGAUCGUGCGCUGCGAGGAUAUGAGCAGCGACUUCACAAGUAUCGACGCCAGCUUCUGGAACAUAUCAAAUCGCUAGAUGGCCGACCAAUGAACGUGUGCAAGUGGUUCACCUCGUACGGGUUCGAUUUUAUGGGCGACCUUGCCUUUGGGAAGUCGUUUCGGAUGGUGGAAUCGGGGGAGGAACACUGGGCUGUCAAGCUGAUCGGUGACGGGAUGGCAAUUCUUGGCUAUGGCCUUCCGGAGUGGUUGUUUAUAUUUCUGGCCUCCAUCCCCGGGCUAGCAAAGGGCUGGUUUGCGAUGAUCGAUUUUGCUGCAAGUCAGAUGGAACAACGAUUGAAGGCAAACAUCGACAUCCCUGACAUUAUAAGCGCCCUGGCCGCGCCUCUAAAGGGGCAGUGGCCUGCAGAAUGUCAGAUGCGCGUCCUGCGAGGGGACUCACAGUUAAUUGUUGCAGCUGGCGGUGACACGACAGCAGUCACACUGGCAGCGCUUUGCUACGAGUUACUACAGCAUCCCGAACAUGUCGAUAAACUGCGGCAAGAGCUUGAACCGUAUGUCAUAGAUCCUAAUGAAGAGAUCCUAAACAGCCAAAUCAUGCAUCUUGAUCAUCUUAAUGCGGUUAUCAAUGAGACGCUCCGGCUGCACCCGCCAGUUCCAACAUUCUUGCAGCGCCAGACACCACCGCAGGGCAUCACAGUUGAAGGAGUCCACAUCCCAGGAGAGACACUGGUGUGGUGUUCUCAAUAUGUAGUGGGACGAAACGAAGCAGCCUAUACCAAGCCGGAUCAAUUCGUACCAGAACGCUGGUACUUGCAUCCCGUGAUGGUCAAGGAUAAAACAGCGUUCGCCCCAUUCUCAACUGGUCCCUAUGGCUGCAUCGGAAAACCCCUUGCUAUGAUAAUACUCCGUACCACGAUUGCGAGAUUGGUCACCUUGUUUGAUAUGUAUUUUGCACCUGACGAAGAUGGAAGCGGAUUCCUUGGUAACCGGAAAGACUGCUUCUUGCUCAGCUUUGGGGAUUUGAUGAUUUCAUUCCGACAACGGGUUUAG